CUAAAGCCGAGGCGAAAACUUGAAGGACGCCGCUCGUCUAAUUUAUCAUUACAGGUUCUCCAAGCAAUCGUCGCAGAACUGUGCACGUCACGAGAUGGAACAAGACAACAGGACAGAAUACGUGGAGGAACGAGCGAGCGGCACAACGAAGGAAGAUCGCGGGGAACGCGACAGUACAGUCGCAUCGACCCGAAGCAUCAUCGAGGACGGAACAGCGCUGCUGGCGCUUGCCUUCGGAGACGGCAGUGCAGACGGUGACCGCAAGAACGACUUCAAACAACGAGGCACGGGACAAGACGGCCACGGGCACGACAGCGUCGGCGGCCAAGUCGAAAACGAGCGCUGCCUCGAGACGCAAGACCGGGGUUCGCGGGACAGGCAUGCACAGAACAGACGCGCCUCGGACGAAGAAGAAGGACGCUGGAGUCGGCGCGACGACAGCGGCAAGUCGCGAGAUGACGGAGAUGAGGGUGACGAUGAGGACACGGUCGUCAGGUCUCGCGUUGCAGCCAGAGGCAGGACGGUCGCCAGGAUAGCGGCGACCGCAGGACGUCCCAGGAGGCAAGCCGUGGUCGCCACUAGUUCAAAGGCGACAGAAGGCUCGCAACCGGUGAAACGCACGUCUGCCAUCGACGAAGCGAGCGGCGCUACGAAUCGAAUGCGUACCGCCCCGCGUGCGAGCCGUGACGGACAGUCUUCGCAGUCCUCGAGCAAGAAGCGACGCCUCGCGGUUCCAGGAGGCGUCAGGCGCAGCGCGAGGGCGGCGAAAAAUGUUCGCGCACGGAAGCCACGUUUCGAAGGGACCGACGACGUCCCACGACCCGCGUCGCCGCCGGCUUCGGAGCGAGGCACGGCCAGCCACGUCGACGACGUCUCGCCUUCUUCGUCGUUUCUGGGUCGGGCCUCGGGUCGCUCCUGGUCGACGCGCUGCAGUCCGGCCCUCUUCGUCAUCUCGGUCGUAUCGGCCGGCGUCUUCGUGUGCAUGUCUUUUCAGGUCUUCUCGGUGGUCCACACGCAUGGCUCCUCCGAAGAGGACUGGCCCGUCCAGAACAGGACGAGCGAAUCGGCGGGCGACCAAGCUCACCGAGCGGCGUCGACGUCGGGUGCCGUCGCCUCCACGGCGGACGACGAGGACUUCCAGACCGCUGCGGGCACCGACGUCGAAUGACGCCGCGUUUCUUGAGGAGUCGUCACCCUGACCCUUUCGGAACUCUUCGCGGUAUAAUGCUACUCGUGUGUUUGGCGAACACUUGUGUGCUCGGUGAGAUUGUGUGCUUUAGGCGAAGAUAGGCAAGCUCGGCUUCGCCGGUGAUUGGUGUGCUAUAGUGUAGUUGCGAAGUUAUGGUAAAGAAAUAAAUGUUCGAUUUAG